AUGACAAGAAUAACUACUGGUUACACAGAUAAUGAUAUAUCUGAACUUUUCCUUUUGAUCACCUUAAUAGUCCCAGGAAUUGAGUGCAUCACCGGCAUGAUUGGGAAUGGUUUCAUUGUGACCAUAAAUGCCGUUGAGUGGUUCCGGAGCAAAACACUCUCCACUGGUGAUUUUAUUUUGAUGAUUCUGAGCUGUUCGAGGGUCUUGCUACAGUUUUGGAUGAUGAUGGAAAAUACUUACAGUUUAUUAUUCAGACUUUCUUAUAAUCAAAAUAUAGUGUAUAAAACUUUCAAAAUCAUCUACAUGUUCCUGACCUAUUCCAACCUCUGGUUUGCUGCAUGGCUCAGUGUCUUCUACUGCAUCAAGAUUGCCAACUUCACCCAUCCCCUGUUCCUUAGGCUAAGGUGGAGAAUCACUGGAUUAAUGCCCUGGUUCCUCUCAGUAUCAGUCCUCAUUUCUUUUUGCUGCACUCUUCCCAUUUCAAAGAAUGUCUACAAAGUUUAUGUUAACAAUUCCAUCCAAGUUUCCUCCUCCAAUGCCACAGAAAAGAAAUACUUUACAGAGACCAAUGUGGUUAACUUAGCUAUUAUCUACAACCUGGCCAUUUUCAUUCCUCUAAUCAUGUUCAUCUGUGCAGCUACCAUAUUGAUCAUCUCUCUCAAGAGACACACACUACAGAUGAAGAGUAAUGCCACAGGUACCAGAAAUCCCAGCAUGGAAGCUCACAUGGGGGCAAUCAAAGCCAUUAGUUUCUUCUUCCUCCUCUACAUUUUCAAUUUUGUGGCUUUGAUUCUCUAUAUGGCCAAUGUCCUUAACACCGAUAGCUUUGGAGCUACUUUAUGCAAAAUUAUCAUGGCUGCCUACCCUGCUGGUCACUCAGUUUUCCUGAUAUUUGGCAAUCCCAAAAUAAGGAGGACCUUGAAGAAGUUUCAGCACAACGUUAAAUUCAGCCUAAAAAUUUGGAAGUAG